AUGUGGGUCGACGAGGAGCAGCAGCAGCAGCGGCAGCAGCGCAGCAGCAGCAGCAGCAGCAGCAGCAGCAGCUGCAGCAGCAAGGUUGUGCUGCCGGGGGAGCCGCUGCAGCUAGGCGAUGGUUUUCUUUUGGGGUUAAACACCCACGUAGACAACGGGGUGGCCCGGGCCUCUGUCUGCGGCGUCGUACAAACCGUGAACCGCCUGGUGUAUGUGCGGCCGCUGAAGAGCCGAUAUGAAGCAAAUGUAGGAGACGUGGUGGUGGUGGUUGCUGGAGGUUACUUGUGGAUAAGUGUUCCUACUGCGGUGUUGCCUGGGUCUGGUGACGGCGUUUCUCCUCAGCAGCAGCAGGAGCAGCAGCAGCAGCAGCAGGAGCAGCAGCAGCAGCAGCAGCAGCAGCAGCAGGACUCCGAUAUAUUUAUCCCACUCUUCAUCUUUCUGCUUAGAGAUGCCAGGCAGGGGGAGACGGCCCCCGCCCGCGGGGUGGCGGCGGGGGAACCUUAA